AUGCCGCUCCUGCCCCACCGCGCGCCGUCUAUGCUCGAGGCCAAACCCUCGCGCCGGCUGCCGCUCUCGGACGCCGCCAAGCGCGCGCAGCACAAACUGCAGCUCGCGUGCGUCUGUUCGCUGCUCUUUAUGGGCGCCGAAGUCGUCGGCGGCUUUGUGGCCGGGAGUUUGGCCAUCAUGACGGACGCUGCGCACCUGCUGUCGGACGUCGCGGGCUUUUGCAUUUCGCUCUUUGCCAUUUGGGUCACGACACUGCCGGCGUCGAGUCGCCUGAGCUUUGGCUUCCAGCGCGCCGAAGUGAUUGGCGCGAUCACGAGUGUGCUCGUGAUUUGGGUCCUCACGGGCGUUUUGGUCUACGCGGCCGUCGAGCGCCUCGUCGAGUGCCUGCGGCCCGACCCGCCCGAGCGCGUGGACGGCAAACUCAUGUUUAUUGUCGCGUGCAUUGGGCUCUGUGUGAAUCUGAUGCUGAUGCAGAUCUUGGGACACGGCCACAGCCACGGAGGCGGCCACGGCCACAGUCACAGUCACGGGCAUAGUCACGGGCAUAGUCACGGGCACGGAAGUACGAGCCGAGACGGGGCCAACAGUGGGGAAGAGAUGCUGGACGAGCUGGAGGGACGUCAAGACCUGAUGGCUGUGGAAAGUGGUACCAACCGCUCGAGUGCUACUACUACUGCUGCUGCUGCUGCCUGCACGUCGACGGCAGGGACGAAGCGGCUCGAGAACAUGAACGUCCAAGCGGCGUACAUCCACGCGCUUGGCGACUUUAUCCAGAGCGCCGGUGUGUGCAUUGCCGGUGCACUCGUGUGGUACAAACCAGAGUGGCAGAUUGCCGACCCGAUCGCGACGUUUGUGUUCUCUGUGCUCGUGCUCGGCACGACCGUUGGCAUUGUUCGAGACAGCAUCCACGUGCUCAUGGAGGGCACACCGGAUGGCAUCCACGCAGAUGAGAUCGAGCGGGGUCUGCGCCACUGCUCGUCCGUCGUGGCGGUCCAUGACUUGCACAUUUGGUCGCUGAGCGCGGGGCUGCCGUCGCUUAGCGUGCACCUCGUGUCGGACGACGCUGAAACGGCACUGCACGCGGCUCAGCGCUACUUGAUUUCCAUGGGCAUUACGCACACUACUAUUCAAGUGGAGAAGACGUCGACGCUGUACCCGCGCAAUUGCAGCUCGGACCUCAAGUGCGGCCAAAACUCUCCGCAGCACAGCCACUAG